AUGGCGGCCUCCAGCGGUAACAGCAGUAGCCUCCACCAACGGCUCCUACAGGAUAUCUCCGAGCUUCAGACUAAGCCUUACCCCAAUAUCGACUUGCACAUCCGUGAGAAUGACUUCCACAAUGCUUGCCUGGUCCUGACUGUCGAAUAUUAUGGACCUUUGCAUCUCACCGUUCACUUUACAACAGACUAUCCCCUGUCGCCUCCCACCAUCCGCAUGGAUUCUGAUAUUAGACAUCCAAAUAUCUUUGGAACUUAUAUCUGUGCUUCAAUACUCAACACUGUAGAAGGUUACACACCGGCGUAUACACUCAGGGGCAUCGCUAUCCAACUACUUAGUUUUUUCAGUAGCGAUUCAAUAGAACAAUCUGGCGGUGGAUACAAUAUCGAUCUCAGCACGUAUCGGGAGGGACACAAACAAAACAGCAGACCUUAUUUAUGCCAGAGUUGCGACUUUGGAAGGCCAACAUUCAAACUAGCGGAUGUUUCUUCCGCAGCUUCUGAAGCUUCCACAAGUCAUGGGCUAGCACCUCGGAUACUACCAACUGAUAUUGGAUCCCGGGCAGGAAACAAGACGAUAGAGAAAUCUUUGACUGCCGUCGGACCGGCCAGCUUUGACACCCAAAAUUGCAAGUUGCCGGAAACUGUACCACCUGCAAAGGGGAUCAUCGAUGCGAAGUUGCCUGAUGAGAUCCUCCUCCUAUUUUGCGAGAAACUUGAGACAGACGACCUCUUGGCGUUUGCUAAGGCAUGGGAGAGGGUCGGUUAUGUGAUGAUGACCUUUGAUGUUAUACGCACCAAAGAGCUGCAAUGCUUCUGCCUCAAGAAGGACUAUACGUCAAGCAAACUUGGAGUUGGGGUCAGUGUGGGUGGUCGCAGGACGAUGGGCUUCUUCGAGUCGGAAUUCGAUCUUUUGUCGGAGGAAGGAUUUAAGACACAUGGAAUUCGUCGCUCAGUCCAAGGCGUGCCCUUUCAACACUGGCUGCCGUUGCCAAUAUCUCAGGGCCACUGGAGAAAGAUACGACAGGACGCUCAUGAAUCACUCUCAAGUCUCUCGACCGGAGUAGAUCGGGGGAGUGACGCCCAAGUCGAGACUAUCUACCACUUUAUGAACGAUGUAGUGGUGAAGCUCAACCAUCAAGCAUCCACGGCGGCGUCUCGAGCACAGUACUAUCACGAUGGAGAGGUCCCCAAAAGUUCACUCACACAUGCCUCAGAAAAGGCUAUCGAAUCCUACUUUCAUCUCUUCCACCUUUUGCUUUGCCUUGCAACAGAGCAGCCUGGCAUCGUGCGGUUAUCAAAUGAGCGACUAGAUAAAUUCGUACGAGGCGGAACAUCGAAGACAGAUUGUCCCAAUCUUGGGCAUCUUCUAGUCGCUAUGCUUAUCAGUGACGUCGAAAUGACCCCCGAGAUAAUGAAAACCAUCAUCAAGGAGACUAUCACAAGGAACGUCGUCUGGAUGCUGGACAAGAGGGGGGCAAACAUGCCAGAGCUCAGCUACAUCGAGCCAAAUGAGGGCUCCAAUUAUCGUCUUCAACAAACCUUCCAGGCGAGCAAAACCUCAUACAGACUCCUGAUGUUCCUGAACCUCUUCCGAAAGACCGCCGUUGGCCAUCCUCGUAAACCACUCACUCAACUUCGCGAUGAGGCUUUUAUUAGGCAUGGCGCACCACCAAUGGGGUCAGCUAAGGGGCUGGCAGAUUCAAUCAAGCGCAUCCAUGAAGUCGAAAGUUUCCCAGCCUUCUUUCGCGCGAUGGACCUGGAGACCCCACAGGAAGCCCAGUUUACUGCCUUCCUGAAGAGCACAAUUGUAGAAAGCGUGAAGAAGGGCUAUUCAUCAAUGCCUAUCACACAGGGCCAAGCUUUAAGCCUCCGACAGAUAAAAGAUCCUGGAAUUGGGAUCGCAGUGCCUGGAAUAAUUCCCGCGCGUGUGAAUAUAGAAUGGAUGACUUUCUUUCCGGCCAAAAACAGGGGUAGAAAUAAUCGGCGCACAUAG